UAAAAUGUCAAAAUCUUGACUCUUUCUCCAGGAAUUUAUUCUUUUGUGUUGCUCAAACAGGAUCAUUCAACUAAAUUCAGAUUUUCAAACAACAAAAGGAGAACAGUUUUAUAUCAAACUCCUGUUUUUGUGAACAGGCCUUUUCCACACACAGAUGACAGAUAAUAUGCUCUUGAGUUGUGUUGUAUUCAGCCACAAGUGAAAUGGAAGGAAACUGUCAAAGGAAGUGUUUUUCUGCCGUAUCACUCUGAUGUUAUCGCUCUUCUUCUAAACCUGAGCUUCACAUUGAGAAACCACGAGAGAGAAAACCACUGAGACUCCAACAGCAUGUGCUGCACUCCGACUAUGAGAAGAUGAGCGGCAGGAGAUCUGUGUGCGUCUUGAUCUGUGUCUUCUGCUUCUGCUGUGCUUUGGGAAACGUAAAGCGCACUUUCAGCAUUCAAGAGCUGACCGUGACUCAGGAAGAGCUGAAGGAUUGUGGGAAGCAGAAGAAGCUGUGUGUGACGUCUAGCGCGGACUGUCUCUAUACAGCAUCAGACGGAGCUCCUCGAGUUCCCAGAACAUCUGAGAACUUCCUGAACACAUCAUGCCACUAUCUGAUGCAAGAGGAGUCAUUGACCUGCAGAUGGGCUCAGACAAACCACAUCAGAUCACAAACCAUCAGCAGCUUCAUUUUCAGCCGAGCUGAGGACUUCUACCACUGUCCCUCUAUUUUAAAAAUAUAUUCAACUUUCAAUUUAACCAUCAAGUCAAAGAGUGUCUUCAGCCAGAAAGAGCAGUUCUCUGACGUCUAUCUGCUGGUCAUUCGGGAUAUAAUCCAGGCUCCUCGGCCGCUGAUCUCGUCUGUUAACGUCACUGAUUCGUCAAUCAACGUCACAUGGACCAGCGGGAAAAUACCAGUCACUAAAUGCAAAAUCCGUUACAAACGUCUCAACACAGAGUCAUGGGCCGAGACUGCAGAUUUGCCGUCCUCGGUCGAGUCUCAGUUCAUGAUCGAGGGUUUACAGGCCUUCAGUGAGUAUCAUCUGAGAGUCUCCUGCUCUCACGGAUUCGGCCGAUGGAGCGACUGGAGCGACGAGACUCGAGUGAAGACGUCAGAGAGCUUGCCGACUGUUGCUCUCUCUCUCAGUUAUUAUGUGGAUUCAGAUGAAAACUCCAGGAUUCGGCAGCUGGUGCUUCUCUGGAAGGCUCUGGAUGUCACAGACGCUCGAGGGCUCAUUCAAGGAUAUGAAGUGUCCUACAUGCCCAUCAAACAGCCCUCUCUGAAGAAAACCAUCCACACCACUCAUCUCAAGGUAGUUGUUCCUGUAAGGUCAGAGGAGUAUGAGGUCUCUGUUUGUGCCUUUAACAGCGUGGGAUGCUCACCACACCGCCGUCUCGCGCUCGACGCGUCUCGGACUCACGAUGUGCCGGCGCUGAAGAGUCUCUGGGUUUAUCCUGACGGUCCUUCACUGCGGAUCUGCUGGGAACACGAGUUCACCGCGGUAAACGUCAGCGAGUUCGCCAUCGAAUGGAGCGCCGCGACCGAGCGCGAGCACAGACGCUGGGAACGAGUCACCGGAUCCACCUUCACAGCCCCUCUGCCAGGUCUGAUUACACAGAAUACAUGUGACGUAUAACAGUAUUAAUGAGUGAAGCUCACAAAACAUGUCUGGAUCAUAUUUGAACCAAAAACCUA